CACCAGUACACAAACAAACACACCCUCUUCUCUUCUCUCUACUCCACGUUCCUUUUGAUCCAUGGUUUCGCCUCUUUAUCCUUUCAAUUCCAUCUAGUUUCCCCAAAUCCAAUCCCGUUUUUCUCAGAUCUCCGGUUAUGGAAAUGGCUUCCAGCCCUCGUUCCGUUGAAGAGAUCUUCAAGGAUUUCAACGCUCGUAGAACCGCUGUUCUCCGUGCUCUCACUCUUGAUGUUGAUGAAUUUUACGGUCUCUGUGAUCCAGAUAAGGAUAAUUUGUGUCUCUAUGGACAUGGGAAUGAAAGCUGGGAAGUGACUCUGCCAGCGGAGGAAGUUCCGCCGGAGCUUCCUGAGCCGGCACUUGGGAUUAAUUUUGCUAGAGAUGGGAUGAACCGGAGAGACUGGCUUUCGCUUGUUGCUGUACACAGUGAUUCUUGGUUGCUUUCUGUAGCAUUCUACCUUGGAGCUCGUCUUAACCGGAAUGAAAGGAAACGUUUGUUUAGUUUAAUCAACGAACUUCCCACCGUUUUUGAAGUUGUGACCGACAGGAAGCCGAUUAAGGACAACAAGCCGGCAGCAGACAGUGGAAGCAAAUCCAGAGGUAGCACCAAGAGAUCAAGUGAUGGGCAAGUCAAAAGCAACCCAAAGUUUCCUGCAGACGAUGGUUAUGAGGAGGAGGAAGACGAGCACAGCGAAACACUUUGCGGGACCUGUGGCGGAAACUACAAUGCGGACGAGUUUUGGAUUGGCUGUGAUAUAUGUGAGAGGUGGUACCACGGGAAAUGUGUGAAGAUCACUCCUGCAAAAGCUGAGAGCAUAAAGCAAUACAAGUGCCCUUCAUGCAGCUUGAGAAGGCCCAGACCCUAGUUUCAAAGGCAGUUGGGAAUACAUAUAUGUCACAAAUGAAUGAUGUUUCCUGGCUGAGAAAGAUAAUUUGACAUUGUUAUUACAUUACUUAGAGAAGUUCAUGUAAACUCUUUCAUGUUUGACUUUAGUGAGAGAAAUCAACAAUUUUUCUCAAGAUUCUAUUCAUGUUUAUUUUUAGUUCU